AUGGCGGAUUACAGCUACGGAGGCUCCGAGGAGGAGAACGCGGAAUUGAAAAAGCUCGAGAUUGACCUGACCGAUGACCCCGAUAACUUCGAGACCUGGGAAAAGCUGGUUCGCGCCGGAGAGGCGCUUGAAGGAGGCAUCAACCGCAAUUCCAACCCCCAGGCCAUCACAACCGCACGAAACGUGUACGAUCGAUUCCUCGCCAAGUUCCCGUUGCUCUUUGGGUACUGGAAGAAAUAUGCGGAUCUGGAAUUCUCCAUCACGGGAACCGAAGCAGCAGAUAUGGUCUACGAACGAGGUGUCGCUAGUAUCUCACCAUCAGUCGACCUCUGGACCAACUACUGUUCCUUCAAGGCCGAGACCUCCCACGACCCUGACAUUAUUCGAGAGCUUUUUGAACGAGGAGCGAAAUGUGUUGGUCUAGAUUUCCUUGCCCAUCCGUUCUGGGAUAAGUAUAUCGAGUACGAAGAGCGUGUGGAAGCCUUUGAUAAGAUUUUUGAGAUCCUUGGCCGUGCCAUCCAUAUUCCCAUGCACCAGUAUGCUCGAUACUUUGAACGGUAUCGCCAGAUGGCUCAAACCCGGCCUCUGACAGAGCUUGCAUCUCCCGAGCUCUUGUCCCAGUACCGCGCCGAAAUCGAGGCAGCUUCUGCGCAUAUCCCUCCAGGUGCCAAAGCUGAAGCUGAGAUUGAAAGAGACAUUCGGCUGCGUGUUGACGGUUAUCACCUUGAGAUCUUCUCCAAGACACAGACCGAGACAACGAAACGGUGGACCUACGAAUCGGAGAUCAAGCGACCAUAUUUCCAUGUGACUGAGCUGGAUGAGGGACAGUUGUCGAACUGGAAGAAGUACCUUGACUUCGAAGAGAGCGAAGGGCAGUAUCCUCGCAUCCAGUUCUUGUACGAACGGUGUCUGGUGACAUGCGCCCACUAUGACGAAUUCUGGCAACGGUACGCUCGCUGGAUGGCCGCUCAGCCUAACAAGGAAGAAGAAGUGCGAAUCAUUUAUCAGCGCGCAAGUUGCUUGUAUGUUCCCAUCGCAAACCCCGCUACCCGUCUCCAGUACGCAUAUUUCGAGGAGAUGGCAGGCCGCGUGGAUGUGUCCAAGGACAUUCACGAAGCCAUCCUCAUCCAUCUCCCGAACCACGUCGAGACCAUCGUCUCGUUGGCCAACACCAGCCGCCGCCACGGAGGUCUCGAUGCAGCAAUCGACGUAUACAAGACCGAACUUGACUCGCCGCAGUGCGACAUGGCCACUAAGGCUGCUCUUGUUGCCGAAUGGGCCCGGCUCCUCUGGAAGAUUAAGGGUUCGCCUGAAGAGGCUAGACAAGUCUUCCAAGGAAACCAACAGUACUACCUGGACAGCCGAGCGUUCUGGGCCAGCUACCUCACAUUUGAGCUGGAGCAGCCAACGAGUGCUGAUACCGAAUCGACCCAAUAUGAACGUAUCAAGCAGGUUGUUGAGGAUAUCAGGUCCAAAAGUGCUCUUUCGACAGAAGUGGUGAAGGAACUUGUCCAGAUCUACAUGACUUACCUGCUCGAGCGGGGCACUAACGACGCGGCCAAGGAGUACAUGACUCUUGACCGUGAAGUCCACGGCCCUGUCUCUGUGGCUACGACGAGGACCGGUGGUACAGCACAGCCCGCUCCUCAGAACGGUAGCCAAGUAACCCCCGCGGCACCAACCCCUGUCGCACCCGUUACGCCAGCCACGCCCGUUGUUCCCGUGCCUGACCCGGCUGCCGCAGCACAAGCAAACGCAUAUGCUUAUUACCAGCAGGCUCCUGUCAACGUCAAACAAAUCAUGGAUCCCAUCAUUCCAGAUGACCCUUCAGACACAUCUCUUCCUUUUCGGAGUCCCUCUAAUCUAGAACAGCCGCCCCCCCCUCCUCCUCUCGACUUCGCUCCUCCGCCGCCCCCAGACGUGCCCGCGCCUCCUCCGCCGCCGGAGGAAGAACCACCCGCACCGCCGCCGGCGACAAAGAAGAAGAAGCAGGGAUGGGGGGCUAAACGACCUGCGCCUGCACCGUUGAGUGUGGAGGAACUAGUGCGGAAAAAGAGGGAGGCUGAUGCAGCAGCUGCUAAGCCGAAAUUCCUAUCGAAAGCCGAACGCGAAAAGAUUGCUCUAGAGAAACGUGCAAAGGAAGUCGAGGCAGAUCGACGAACGAAAGAACGAGCGACGAAUGGCGCAGACCGUAAUAGGACACCAUUCGACGGGGCAAGUCAAGAUGGAGGAUCCAUCCCCACUGGUCCUCGAGCUAUGCGCAGUUCUGUCCCGAACAAAGGCUAUGAUAUGUCACCGCCACCUGCGCCCAAAUCGAUGACAUUCGGAUUGAAAGAAUCGAAGGGCGGACCUGCUGAUAAACGGCCGGCGGAGGAUGAAGAGGCGGUCGCGCAGGCUGCUCUGAUCAAGGAAAGGUACAUGGGAGCCGAUCAGACGUCGAACUUUUCGGCUAAGAAGAAGCGAAAGCGCACGACUGACCGGAAAUUCAACUUUGAGUGGAACGCGGAGGAAGACACCAGCGGCGACUACAACCCGCUCUACCAGCACCGACACGAGGCAAACUUCUUUGGUCGCGGCCGUCUUGCUGGCUUCGGGGAUGAUGUCGCAGAUUCGGUGGCAAGGAAAUAUGCCCGUGCUCUGGAGGACCGAGAUCACGAAGCGGGAGCAAUCCGGGCGAAAGAGAUCUUGGAAAUGGAGCGGCGAAGGAGGGAGGAGAGCACACGCAACCAGCUCGACAAGCAUUGGAGCGAGAAGAAACUGGAGCUCAUGCGCGAGAGAGACUGGCGUAUCUUCAAGGAAGAUUUCAACAUCAGUACCAAGGGUGGAAGUGUGCCGAACCCCAUGCGAUCUUGGGAUGAGUCUGGUCUCCCCAAUCGGGUAAUGGAGCUUGUUAGUCGGGUUGGUUACAAUGAGCCUAGUGCUAUCCAGCGUGCUGCCAUUCCGAUUGCCUUGCAAAACCGGGAUCUUAUUGGUGUUGCCGUGACCGGCUCUGGUAAAACCGCGGCCUUCUUGCUGCCCUUGCUCGUGUACAUCUCCGAGCUACCGCGGAUCGAUGAGUUCGAGUGGAGGAAGAACGAUGGUCCUUAUGCGAUUGUCCUGGCACCCACUCGUGAAUUGGCACAGCAGAUUGAGAUUGAAGCCAAGAAGUUCACGCAACCGCUUGGAUUCAAUGUCGUCAGUAUUGUUGGUGGUCAUUCCCUCGAGGAGCAGGCCUACAGUCUACGGGAUGGUGCUGAAAUUAUCAUCGCAACACCGGGUCGAUUGGUUGACUGUAUCGAGAGACGAAUGCUCGUUUUGAGUCAAUGUUGCUAUGUCAUUAUGGAUGAAGCUGACCGUAUGAUUGACAUGGGAUUCGAGGAACCCGUAAACAAGAUCCUCGACGCUCUUCCCGUAUCUAACGAGAAGCCCGACUCUGAGGAAGCUGAGAACCCCAACGUGAUGAGCCGACAUGUCGCAGGAAAAGACCGCUACCGUCAAACCAUGAUGUAUACAGCCACUAUGCCGUCCGCCGUGGAACGCAUCGCCCGGAAAUACCUCCGCAGGCCAGCAAUCAUCACAAUUGGCAGCGUCGGCGAAGCUGUCGACACAGUUGAGCAGCGUGUCGAGAUAAUUCCUGGCGAAGACAAGCGCAAGAAGCGUCUUGGCGACAUCCUCUCCUCUGGUGACUUCCGGCCCCCGAUCAUCGUCUUCGUCAAUAUCAAACGUAACUGCGAUGCUAUCGCACGAGAAAUAAAGCACAUGGGUUUCUCCUCCGUUACGUUGCACGGAAGUAAAACACAAGAACAGCGUGAAGCCGCCUUGUCCUCUGUACGGAAUGGUAGCACGGAUGUGCUUGUCGCCACCGAUCUCGCGGGUCGUGGUAUCGAUGUCCCCGACGUCAGUCUGGUCAUCAACUUCAACAUGGCCAACACUAUUGAAAGCUACACGCAUCGUAUCGGUCGUACGGGUCGUGCUGGAAAGAGUGGUGUUGCUAUUACCUUCUUGGGUAAUGAGGAUACGGAUGUUAUGUACGACCUCAAGCAAAUGCUCAUGAAGUCACCCAUCUCUCGCGUCCCCGAAGAAUUGCGCAAGCAUGAAGCUGCCCAAUCGAAGCCAAACCGGAUGGGCAGAAAGACUGAAGACGCUGGUGGAAAGUCGGGUUGGUAG